AUGAAGAUUUCCAGGACAGAGUCAGCUUUUCACGCAGCGGACGACAUGUGUUACUUCACGAAAGUCGUGGAUUAUCGUUACCUCGUGUACCCACUUUACAUCAUCAACUCUAUAGACUACUUCUGGCCGGAGUUCUCUAUCGCCGCGAUGACGUUGUGGGCUGUGGUUUUGUCCCACAUGAGCUGUGCGCUGAAUCCUCUCAUCUACGCUUACGGAAUGCCUGGUUUCAAGAAGGCCCUACGAGAAUUCUUCCGUAUCCAUACGGACCAAGGCAAUACGGGCGUCAACUACUCUUGUUAUCUUCGGUCUUCUGCACCUCCAAAGUCGCAAUCUAGCUUUACUGGAAGGCUGCGGAGGAGUGAAUACGAAGACGGUGAAGAACUUUGUGAUGUGGCUAUACUCUACAAUGUAUCAUUGGUUUCCUUGGUGCUGCAAUAA